AUGAGGAAACAAUCCGAUCUUCGACAAUUUAUCUCCAAAAAGAGAAAAUCUCGUGACAUAAGCUCUCCGACUUCUAGCUCUCGAGCUGCAAAUCCUCCUGCUUCAAACUCUGCAGCAAAUCCUCCAGCUUCAAACACUCCAGCUUCAAGCACUCCUGCUUUAACUGAUAGUGUGUCUCCUUCAAAUGCUAGUGUGCCAUCUCGCGAGAAAGAAUUGAUUUAUGAUGUUGAAUACGUUCCUCAAGAUCCUGGGAAAAGAAAAGACAUAAUGGACAUGGAAGAAGAUGCUGCAUUUUGUUUUGUUUGCUACUUGUUCAAGAAUGAAGUUGGACUUAAUGCGGGGGGAGACGCGUUUGUGAAUAGAGGAUUUAAGUCAUGGAAUAAGCCAGAUAAAUUUAUUAAACAUAUUGGUGGCGUCAGAAGUGCUCAUAAUCGUGCUUAUGAGAAAUAUGUGAACCUAAGGGAUGGCAAAAAAAAAUCGAUUCUUGUUUCUUUAGAUAAUGUCAGUGAUGUGAUUAAAAGAGAGUAUGAUAUUCGCUUGAGGGCUUCAAUUUCGUGUUUACGUUAUCUAUUGCGACAAGGCUUGGCAUUUCGUGGGCAUAGAGAAAGUGAAGAAUCCCUUAACAGGGGAAAUUUUCUUGAACUCUUGAAAUGGUUGAGGACACAUAAUGAAAUUAUUUCAAAAGUGACUAUGGAAAAUGCACCUGGAAAUUGUCAAUUGAUAUCUCCAAUUAUUCAAAAGGAUAUUAUUAAUUGUUGUGCUAAAGAAACAACUAAGCGAAUUGUGGAUGAUCUUGGUGAGGACUGCUUUGCUAUAUUAGCCGAUGAAUCAAGCGAUGUGUCGCAAAAGGAACAAUUAGCCCUUUGCAUGCGCUAUGUUGAAAAAAAAAGUGGAAAGGUAGUUGAACGAUUCAUCGGUCUUGUGCAUGUGCUGAUACAACAGCUUUGUCUCUUAGAAGUGCAAUUUUAG